AAAGAAAAGAUAUUUCUGAUUAUGGAUUUUUCUCAAAUGGAUAUUCUGAUAUCUCUUAAUCGCAAUUUGCAGCAGCGGAACAAGAAUUCUAUCCAUCUCUACUCUGUUAUCCUUCCGCCAUUGAAGCAUCAUCGAGCUCAACUCUCUAUGUUUUUAGAUUGAUAUGAACCUUGCGUUAUCUACUAUUUGUUGCUUCAACUCAUUUCUCCUACUGCUGCAUUGAGCCAAGCACCUUCAAGGAGGCGACGUGUAUUCGCCGAAGGAAGCUUCUGUUGGAUUUUUGUUCAAUGGGAACUCUUACGAGCUGUAGUUUUAGUAUCGGAGCCGCGAAUUUCAAAUUUCGGUCGAGUUUUAGGCGCUGUACUGCGAGGGAGGGAAUCGGGUUAUUGGGGUUUAGGAGGUUGAAGAAUUCGUGUUUCUUGUGCGGGAAAAGGUCGAAGAGGGGAAGGCUUUUGGUUUCUGAUGGAGAUUUUGGUAGGUUUGUGUGUUUUAGUUCAGAUAAUGAAGGCCAUAACGAAGGAGACAGAGAGGAUGAUUCGCCUAAGGAGUCGAAUGCCGUGACGGCGACGGUAUCAGCUGAAGAGGUUGAAGAGAGGCGUGGCGGCGAGGUUGAUUCGGAGAAGACUCCUCCAUCGAUUUCUUCAAGGUCAUCGAAUUUGUCUCCAAUUGGACCAGCAUACAACAACUUUCAGGUUGAUUCUUUUAAACUGAUGGAACUUCUUGGACCAGAGAAGGUUGAUCCUUCUGAUGUAAAAUUAAUAAAGGACAAGCUGUUUGGCUACUCCACUUUCUGGGUAACCAAAGAAGAAGCGUUUGGAGAUCUUGGGGAGGGCAUUCUUUUCCUUGGGAAUUUAAGGGGUAAAAGGGAAGAGGUAUUCUCCAAAUUCCAAAGUCAGCUCGUUGAAGUCACGGGCGAUAAGUACAACCUUUUUAUGGUGGAGGAACCAAAUUCAGAAGGUCCAGAUCCACGCGGUGGUCCACGUGUUAGUUUUGGUUUGUUGCGGAAAGAGGUCUCAGAACCCGGUCCAACAACACUUUGGCAAUAUGUUAUUGCUUUGUUGUUGUUUCUUUUAACCAUUGGCUCCUCCGUGGAGCUAGGAAUUGCAUCUCAGAUCAAUCGCCUUCCUCCAGAGGUAGUGAAGUACUUUACAGAUCCCAAUGCUGUCGAACCACCAGAUAUGGAGCUGCUAGUUCCAUUUGUAGAUUCUGCUCUGCCUCUAGCAUAUGGUGUGUUGGGGGUUUUGUUGUUUCAUGAAGUUGGGCAUUUUCUGGCAGCUUUUCCAAAGAAAGUGAAACUCAGCAUUCCUUACUUCAUUCCUAACAUAACUCUUGGCAGUUUCGGUGCAAUCACUCAGUUCAAGUCGAUUAUUCCUGAUCGGAGUACCCAAGUUGACGUAUCACUUGCUGGCCCUUUUGCUGGUGCAGCAUUGUCGUUUUCCAUGUUUGCUGUUGGUCUCCUGCUUUCAUCAAAUCCAGAUGCAGCUGGAGACUUGGUGCAAGUCCCUAGCAUGCUGUUUCAAGGUUCUCUGCUCCUUGGACUCAUCAGUAGAGCCACUCUUGGUUAUGCGGCCAUGCAUGCCUCAACUGUUGCAAUUCAUCCUCUAGUUAUUGCCGGCUGGUGUGGUUUGACUACAACAGCCUUUAACAUGCUUCCAGUUGGCUGCCUUGAUGGUGGAAGAGCGAUUCAGGGUGCUUUUGGAAAAGGUGCCUUAGUUGGGUUUGGUUUGACGACCUACACGCUGCUCGGGUUAGGAGUGCUUGGUGGACCAUUAUCGCUUCCCUGGGGACUAUAUGUUCUCAUAUGUCAGAGGAGUCCCGAAAAGCCAUGCUUAAACGACGUUACAGAAGUCGGAACGUGGAGAAAAGCUGCUGUCACAUUGGCUGUGUUUCUUGUCGUGUUGACACUCCUACCAGUUUGGGAUGAGCUUGCAGAAGAGCUUGGUAUAGGUCUUGUAACAACAUUUUGACACCAAAUUCAAGGGUAAAUUGAAGUUUUAGCUGAAAUGAGGUCGAUUAUAGUGUAUUUGCUGCCAAUUUUAUCAUUAUUUGACAUGCAUAUAUAUAUAUUUUUUUCCAUUUUCUUCAACUCAAUACAUACAUAUUUGAUGGUAA